UUGCUCCCCACCCCAUGAACGGCCACAGCUAGCCAGUCGCUGUGCUUGUUUCUUCGUUACCACGUCACUCUCUUGUGGAUUCAAUAUCCUUGUUUUGAAUUACGUGUGGGUUUUGCCUGCCAGCUGCUAAGUCUCUUCCGAACAGCGCCGUGCACGCUGUGCUCUCCCUUGCUUCGCCGCGCUUCACUCUCAUCCUUCCUCUAAGGGAGCUCAGGGUGGGCAAGCUUUGGAGUUGUUGCCGUUUUUUAAGCUAACCGAGACCACUACGUUAGUGAUCUGGUUCUUGCAAGGUUGCCUGGUCGACUUAAGAGCGGAGCGAGAAUACUGAAUGAACAGAUACCAGACAGCUCUGUAUUAACUCUUUGUUGCCCAAAAGCAUCUCCUUUCCCUUGCAAUAUCUUUAAGAACCAUUUUGAAAAAUGAGCUGAAGAUCAUUUGUGCUAAGUGGAUAUAAAGUUCACCCUAGGAACGCUCUAAUGGAUGACAGGGAAUCUCCUACAAAUGACCUGCAGUUAAGUUUACAAGGCUCACUUCGUACCGACACACUUGUGGAAAAGAUCAAAGCUUGCUUAGCUUCUUCACCAGAUGAAAAUGAAAAUCAGCUUAAUGGAAGCAAGCACGAUACUCUGAAAAGCAGUGGCGACACAAUGGGAAAGGUUGAGCAGGACAGCAUUAAUAAUAAUGAGGACAGUGGAGACUACACGUCCUCCUGCCAAGAAGAUGAAAGCGAUAAGCCAUCUAGAAGCUUCGCUGCAGAUGAAAUGCUCAUUUUAGAAAAAGGUGACUCUGAAAAAAGGUGUUCAAGGAAAACAAAAAGUUCCAGCAGGAAAGCAGCCAAGCAAGAGAAGACUGGCAUUACAGCAACGGGUUCUACAUCAGAUGAAGAUGGAAACAAGACCAAUGCAAACUUUCCCCAAAAGGAUCCAACCCAGACUUUGCAGGCCCUCUUCUCUCUUCUUCGAGAAGAAUUUGAGCAGAUGGAUUCAAGAGUCCUCCCCCUGUGCCUCCAUGAGAUUGCUGAAACGUAUUUUCAAGAUGGAGAAUACGAGAAGGCCAUGAAAUUUAUUCAGCUUGAACGGUUAUAUCAUGAGCAACUACUUGCAAAUCUUUCUUCUAUACAACAACAGUGGGAAAAAAAAUGGAAAGCAGCAGCAUCUAACGAGGUUCCAGCUCUAAAACGUUCUGCUAAAGUCCUGAAUAAUGAAGAGUUAGACAAACUUGCUAAACUUUGCACAUCACAUCAGGAGCCGCUGGUCUUCCGAAGCAAGCUAAUAAGUAAAGAAAAAUCCCUAAAACGUGAGAGUUUUGUAGGGUUAAGGAUAUCUGAAGAUCUUAAGGAAAGAGGUGCUGCUGCAUGUGAUUCAGAUACUCAGACUUGGCCUGGCGCUGAACCAAAGAAAGAGAACAAUCGCAAAGAGAGUGAGAGGUGUGAGAGCUUCCAACCCGAAAAGCGUCAUAGGCUUGAAGAGAAGGCAAGUCUUCGACUCUCUGUGGGGAAGCAGCACAUGGAGGAGGAGCGCUGCAAUGAUGAAUCAACACUGGAGCCAGCCACCCAGCCCACAGAGACACUGGGCACGCCUCAGCCAGGCUGUUUAUCUACAAAGGAUGCUAGUGAAGAUGACGGUCUGCAGCCAAGAGAAGAGCAGUUCUCUGAGGAUGUAGCAAAAAUAGAAGCAGCUGCUGAGGAGCCUGCAGCAGAGUGCUCUAGUGAGCCAAUGGUAGACACAUUGGUUUUGACAGAUGCCGAUUAUAUGCCUCCUGAUCUAAUUCCCUCAGAUGAAACGGUUCAGUCUGAACAAAACUUACUCAGGUCAGCUGGCUCUAUUGUGAUUUCCAGUACUCAGUUGGGGAGCAACGUAUUAAACAAGCACCAGCAACAGACAGCUUAUGGAAGUGAUAAGAAAUCUGUGCAGGGCAGAACAUCAGACAUUACCGGGGAUGUGCAUACUGAAGGUAACAUGCCUGAACUGGACAGUGUUCCAUAUGAAGGGAUACAGGAGGAAGCAGCAGUACUGGAAGAGGAAGGUGAAAAUGAAGAACCAGAAGACCUCUUUGAUCGGUUUUUAAAUGGUUGCAUAACAGACAGAGAGGAGUCCCUUAAAUGCCUAGCAAGCCAAGGGGACUCCGAAAUUCUUCCACAUAUGCCUCCUGAACAAGCACUUUAUAGUUCACCGGAAGGUUAUUCACUGGAUGAAAGCUUUUCUUCACUUGAUGAACUUGCAAAACGAAUAGAGAUUGCAGAGACUGUUCCUGCGGAGGGGCUUGUGUCAAUAUUAAAGAAGAGAGAUGACAGUGAUGCUCAGAUCCAGCGGAGAGAGUCUAAAAGAAGAGUAAGAUUCCUAGAAAUGGAAGACACAUUUGACCAAGAGGAAGUUGGAGGUGGCUCCUGUGUUCUGCUGAUCUUAUUGUGCGUAGCAACUGUAUUCCUUAGUGUUGGAGGAACUGCGCUGUACUGCACGCUUGGUGACACAGAAUCUCCUGUAUGUACUGACUUUGCCGCCAAUAUGGACUUUUAUUAUACUCGAAUAGUGCAGGGUGUAGAGGAACUUAAGCACUGGCUAUCCUUCACAUAGAAGAAAUUGCUGACAGCUCACUGACAAUUGUUGAAGAAAGAAAAAUAUUUCAAGCUGCUUGUACCAUGGCACCUUCAGAAGAGUUACAGUGAAUGACAUAGGAAGUACCUCUGCUCAGGAGAUACUUUCCUGUAAUCAGGGGUGCAUAAGUGGAAUUCAUGCUACUAUAUCAUGAGGCAGCAUGACGGACUGAUAAACUGCCCUACUGUUACCUUUGUGUGAUGCUUUCAACAGCAAUCCACCAACCUUAGGAAAUGAAGAAGAGAAAAAGUUUUAUCACCUACCCUACAGUUUCCAGUCCCCACAUAAUUGUAUGCAAUCCAUGUAAACUUAGAGCAGGACUAUAUUGUCUUUCUGGCUGAUCAUGCAAAGAUGUUGUCUUCAACUAUCAUGCAAUAAGUCCAUAUUUUAUGGAAACGUACCUUAUUUGGGUUUAAUUACUGUUUGUCCUGAUUUUUAAUUGUCCUAGUGAGUUUUGUAAUUUUAUUGGAGUGGUGCAGCAGAAAUCAGAGCCCUCAGCCUAGUUGUUAAUUUGUCUUGCAUUUCAGAUUGUAGCAGCUGUAAUGAGUGGAUGCCUCCAUUGCUUCAUAUACAGCUUUUUAGUUGUAGAUUCCUUAAAAGUGGAUUUUUAGAAAACGUUUGCCGCAACAAUAAAAAAUUGCAUUUUAAAUAAUUUUUACGGCCAAUAAAUGGUACCAUCUGCAUCCCUUGUAAAGGGCUAUGUCAGAAAUUUCUUUUUUAGAUAUACAACUAUUAUGUUUUAAGUGUAUAUCUAAGAAUGAAAACAACACUUUUGCAAACACCACUAUCAUGUCCAGGGAGCCAUUAUCAGCUACACUUCCCCACUGAGUCUAUGCUCAGUGGCAAAUAUGGUUUCUUCUUUGUAGUGAGCAAAAUAAGCCUCAGUAUCAAAACUGCCUUAGCUUUAAUAAAGCAAUUGAUUUCUCCUUGACCAAAUUAUGAAGGAAAAGGGAAAAAAUAAUUAAGAAAGCUCUGAAAAAGCUUGCAUAUCAGCUUAAAAGUUGAGUAUCUGAUAUAUAUUCUCUCACCCAUGAAAAAGAUGAGCUUCAGUCUAUCUUGUGGUGACAGUACAUUCUUAGUUUUCCUUUUAGCUGAAAAUUUUGUUACUUCCAUAACUGAAAAUGACAACAAACAUCGGACUCAUGACUGACACCUGCCAAAAUCUGUUUGGAACUUGGUUCUUAUUCAAUGUCGGUAUUUUUUUCUUUUUAAAUAUCCACUGCAUGCUGAUUCCUUCUAAUCUGCAUUUCUUAAGCUUUCUGAUGAUAUGUGAGACUAGAGAAAAGUUGGAUAAAAUCCCCAAUUCUCUCCCUACCAAGAAGAAAUUGCUUAUAUAAUAAUCAGGCAUAGGAGCCUGCUGGAUUAGGCCAGUGGCCCAUCUAGUCUAGCAUCCUGUUCUCCUGGUGGCCAACCAGAUGGCCGUGGGAAACCCCCUGCCAUUUCUAGCAACUGGUAUAAAUAUACAUUUGUACUGUAAAACUGGAAUAUAAUAUCUAUUUUUUUAAAUUAAUGGUAUAAUCUGUUAGUUGAUAAUGAAAUUAAGGGCUUGAUUGAAGCUCUCAGUCAACAGUUAUGCUCGUAUUGGAGGAAGCAGGUGGGAAGGCAAUUUUUGCUAAUCUCUCUCCCCCCUGCAGUCUUCUUUGUCCCCUGAAAACCUGUCCAGAGUGUUGUGGAAUCCUCUGAAACAGGGUGGGAAGUAGCUUUGGGGGCAGAAGACAAAAGAGGGAAUUGGCAAAAA